GAUCUUUCAUUUCACUAUUUGUGUGGGAUGUUGUGCUGUUUUUACGAUAUAUUUAAUUAUUUUUGCAUAUUAAUAUAUGCUAAACAAUUUUAUAUUGUUUUCUUCAUAAUUGCCGUAAAACUAACUUAAGUAACCUUAGAAUCUACUGGUGUUUAACAGACUAAAACCCCAUCAAAAUGGGUGGAAAGGCUGAAAAAGGCACACCAAAGUACAUAGCGAACAAAAUAAAAGCUAAAGGCCUCCAGAAGCUCCGUUGGUACUGCCAGAUGUGUCAGAAGCAGUGCCGCGACGAGAAUGGUUUCAAAUGUCAUACUAUGUCGGAGUCGCAUCAAAGGCAGCUGUUGUUGUUUGCCGACAACGCUUCGAAAUACAUUGACGAGUUUUCUAAGGAGUUCGCUGACGGUUACGUGGAGCUGUUGAGGCGGCAGUUUGGGACGAAGCGGGUGAAUGCCAACAAAGUUUAUCAGGAUUAUAUUUCGAAUAGAGACCAUCUCCACAUGAACGCCACCCAAUGGGAGACGCUCACAGAAUUCGUCAAAUGGCUGGGGCGAGAGGGCAAGUGUGUAGUGGAUGAGACGGAGAAGGGCUGGUUCGUGGCUUACAUCGACCGGGACCCCGCUGCCGUUGCUGCCAUGGAAGCUAAGGCAAAGAAGGAAAAAAUGGAUAAAGAUGAUCAGGAAAGGAUGCUAGAGUUUAUCCAGAAGCAAGUAGAACGAGGCAGGAAGGAGGGAGACGACGGCACACCCUCCUACACCGAGUUCAAGCGAGAGAGCAGUCAGGAGAGGAUCUCGCUCAGUCUCAACCUUAAGAGGAAAGCAGAUGAUAAAAAACCAGAACUCCUCACUUCUGCGUUAAAAUCCAAAAGCAAAGAAGAAUCCUCAAGCAAGAAGGUAAAAGAAGAACCUUCUAGCAAAAAAACAAAAGAGGACAAAGAUAGAAGUAAGAAAAAUGCUCUGGACGAGAUCAUGGAGAUGGAGCAGCGGGCCAAAGAAAAAAAUAACCGAAAAGAUUACUGGCUAACCGAAGGCAUACUAGUAAAAAUCGUCACCAAAUCUUUAGGAGACAAGUACUACAAGAGGAAAGGCGUUAUUGAAAAGGUUAUAGAAAAAUAUGGAGCCCAAGUGAAGCUGGUGGAUGAUGGCACCAAGAUUAAGUUAGACCAGAACCACCUCGAAACAGUGAUACCCUCCCCUGGCCGCAGCGUUUUGUUCGUGAACGGACCGCACCGCGGCGCUAAAGGAGUGCUAAAAGAGAUUGACACAGAUCAUUUCUGCUGUAUAGUGGAGGUAACUACAGGGUCGCAAUCAGGCCGGGUAAUAAAAGACGUGCAGUACGAAGAUAUCAGCAAAUUAGCGGCGUGACAGUAGCGGGGUGGGGGGGGGGGGGACUGCAGCAUUCGGCCAUUCUCGGCUCCGUUCGGCUCAGCAUUGCUCCGAGCAAUUAUUAGGGUUGGCACAACUUGACGUCCCUAUACGUGCACGACCACAGAUAAGAUACUGACUUGACUUUGACAACCCUAAAUAGCCGAAAGGGAUAAUGCCAUACAUUAGAAAGGGACAGCAUGAUCCGUCCCAGAAUCGUUGUCAAACUUCGGUACGUACGGUAUGGUAGUACUAUUAUUUAUUCUGUGGUGACAGUGUUUAAUAAAGUGACUAAGUGAAAUGCACAGAGCAAGUGAAAGUGACAUAAACAAAUGUUAAUACAUAAUACCAAGAUGACUCUAAGUGUGGCAAUGUCAGAAAUUCAGAAUAAACGUUAAAUGAAAAAAUA